AUGAAAUAUGAGAAAUCAUUUGGGAAUAAUGAUAAAGAUGGUAAAAAAAAUGAACACAAUUUGAAAAAUUAUAAUAGAGCUAGUAGCAAACGAUAUAGUAAUAAUGAAGAAAAUGGAGAAUAUAAUAAAUUAUUAUAUCAUAAUAAUAAGCCACAUGGAAAUAAUAGAUAUAACAAUAAAUUUGAUUCACAAAAGCCAAAUAGUUUGUACUUUUCUCAAAAUGGAAAAAAAAAUAAUAAUAAUGAAAUAAAUAAUAAAACAAUAGAUAGACGAAAAAAUAAAAAUAAUGAUUAUAAUCGCCCCUUUUAUAAAAAAGGAAUAAUAAAUGACAAAAAUAAUAAAGGAAAAAGUUAUUCUCACCCCCAUAAAAAAUAUAUAAGAUCAGAAAAACAUUUUAAACAAAAAUUAUACAAUAACAAUAAUUAUAAUUCAAAUAAUUUUGAUAACAAUAAUAAUUAUGAUGAAAAUUAUUAUGGCAAUUACACUAACAAUUCUAGCAAUAUUAAUCCAAAUAAAACAAAACAAGAAAAUAUAAAUAUAGAGUUAAGUAAUUUGCAUAGAGAUCUUCAUAAUUUAUUAUUUAAUGCAUCGAACAUAAAUGAAAAUGAUAAAAAUAACGAUACAUCUGAUGAUCAUAUAAUUAAUAAUAUAAACAAUAAUAGUGCAUUAAAUAAUGUUGACACAGAAUAUAAUAAAUUUUAUAAUUUUUCCAUAAUAAAAAAUAAAAAUGAUGUUGAUAAAAAUAUUGAAGCAUCUUUAAAUCUGGAAUCUCAAAAUAAAAGUUCUAACGAUAGUGUCUUAAACACAUUAUCUAUUUUAAGAACAAUUCCAUUUAAAACCUCGGGUAGUAUUAAGGAUAGCAAUAGUAGUAUUAGUGAUAAUAAUAGUGAUAUAGAAAAUAGAAACUCAAAUUUCCCAAAAAAUAAUCAUGAUAAUAAUAUGGAAGGAUAUAGAGAUGACAAAUAUAUAAAAAAUAAUUUAGAAAAAAAUAACCAUUUUAAUCAUGGAAAUACAAUAGUUAACAAUAGAAUAAAUGAUGGACAUGUAGGUAAUUACAUAUCAGGAUAUAAUCAACAAAUAGAACAUAAAAAUAUGGAUAGAAAUAUUUCGAAAGGAAUACAUAAUAAAUAUGACUCGAAUGGACAUGAAUUUUUUCAAGAAUCACAAUUUUCUAAUAAUGAACACAGUGAUAGUAGUAGUAAUAUUGGGGAUAAAUUGGCAGAACAUAACAACUUCAACAAUCGAAAUAUAUAUGAAAAAAAUAAUGAUAAAACAAAUUUUGAUGAAAACACAAAUUUUAAUGAUAAUAUAUUUCCAGAAACUCAAAUUAAAGAAUCAUUAAAAGUAUUAAAUACAUUACAAGUUGAUAUCGAAAGGGUAUGUUGUUAUAUAAAACAUUUUUCUGAUCCUCCUGAUAAAUUAUUUGAAGUUAUGAAUGAAGUUUUUCUUGAUAAUACAAUAUUAUUAAAUUCUAAAAUUGCUAUAUUUUAUGUCUAUAAUCAUUUAAUUCAAGAACUAAGAAAUAAUUAUCGAAAUAAUUUUGAUAAAUAUAUCUAUAUAGCUAAUAAAGGACUAGAGAUUUUUGUUAUACCAAUAUUAAGAUAUAUAUUAACAGAACAAGUGAAAAAUAUUGAAAUGAUAAAUAAAUUUUAUCGAUGUAUUUCAAUAUGGAAUGAAAGAAAUAUAUAUAGCAAAUUUAUAUGUGAUCAAUUAAUAGCCUUACAAAAAAAUCCUCAAAAAAAAAUUGAAAUAAAUAUAAAAAACAUAACAAAUAAAGCUCAUACAUUAUUAUCAAAUGAACUAUCUAAUUUUGUUCCAUUAAAUUUUAUUUUAAAAAUGCCAAGUAUUAAUAAUGAGCAUAAAAAGGCAUUAAACAAUGAAAUAAUAAAAUCGUUAUUUAUAAAUCCAUCAAAGGAAACAUUAAAAGAUUUAGAUAAUAAAAAUAUUGAAGAAGCAUCCAAGAUGUCAGACAAAGUAAUGAGGAUGUUUGGACAAGAAUUAAUUUUAGUUAAUUCUCAGAUUUUAGAAUUAGCUUCUCUAAUUAGUGACAAUAAUGACUGUUUAGUUAAGUUAAGAGCUUCCAUGGAUAAUUUAAAGGAUUGA